UCCUUUGAAUAAAACAUUCAUUAUUCGGUUGGAUAGCAAUAUCGACGGUCGUCGUUUUUACUCCAUUGUUUUAAUCCUACAAAAUGAUGUUCGGGACGAGUGUACUAGUCUUUGUAGUCACACUGAUGUCGAUUAUCAACCAUUCGUAUCUUAAUGUUUUAGUUGAAUUGCCAAGCAUUAAUGACAAAACAUUUGAAGAAUAUAUAGCGAAUGUAUUUGCUGCGACCAACACAGCGAGAGAUAAACAGUAUACCGAAGAUCAGUGCCAAAUGAUAUUAUAUGGUAAAUUGUUGACCAAACAAGAGUUCGAUGCAACAUUAAGUAAUUACAAUAAAUACAAAGGCAUGAUUAACGAAAGUAGAUUAUAUCAACAAAUUCGUAUAGAAUUAUCUAAUUUUACCGAUGAAACCAGUAUUUUGACGAGAAUUAGAUUAUUUCGAGAAUGUGGAACUUUGUUAAAAAAAACUGUUGAGGAUUACAUCAAAUUACGUGAAAAAAAGAAAGAAGAUUACAUUAAGAAACAGCAAGAGGGUACAAAAAGCAGUCCGAGCACCAAACCUGAAAAAACCGGUGAAGAAACAAGUUCUAGUCUAGGUUCUAGCACUGAACCUGAAAAGGACAAAAUUGUUGCUAAAUUUGAGGAAGAAAUAAAUUAUUUAAGAACACUUUUACCAAUGACUAGCGACACUGGGCGUAUACGUAUGUUAAUUUUUGCACAGGACUAUUAUUAAUUAAACUAUUUAUGAUUAUUCAUAACUUACAUUAUCAAAAUUAUUCAUACAUGAUUGUACUUUAUUUUUUAUCACAUACAGAGAGUUUAUUGUGUAAGUAUUAACUUUAGCCAAAUUAUUAGUCAAGGUAUAUUUAUGAAUGCCUACACAACAAUAAUUACAACUAUUUAUUAACAAGAGCUGCAAUAUUUAAGUAAAUACAAGAUAGAUAUAUUACACAAUUUGUUACUUUUAUAAGUUAUAAAAUUAGCAAAAAUAUAUUAUGAACAUUGAAUAAUUAAGAUGAAGAAGAAAAGGAAAAGGAAAAAAAAAGUAAUAAAAUAUCAUCUGCAGGCUAAAUUUUAAUAAUUACAUGUACCUACCAAACUAUGCCAACACGAAAUUUUUUUAGAAUUAAUUCGCAACUUAUUAAUUUAAAAUAUUUCAAGAUUUAAGCUUUAUAACACUGUAAACCUAUUAUAUACAUAUAAAUAUACAAUUAUUUUUAUAAAUGUUUUUGCAAUCAUGCAGUGAACACUUUAUGUAAGUUAUCAUUUUAAACACCAAAAUAUAAUUUAUUAAAUUAAGAUAGUAUAGUUUUUUUAAGUAUGCAAUUUACAAGCAUUUAAUAUAUUAAGACAAUUAUUUGUGUGUCAAAUACAGAACGGCAAUAAUAGUUGUUUAAAUCUUUAUUCGCUACACAACACACAUUAUAAAGUAUUAAAAUUUAUAUUUUUUUUAUACAUUUAUCUGUUUGAAUAUAUUAUAACUAAAUUGUAUAUCGUACAGAUGGAAAUAGUCAUAACCAAACUAAUGCAACGGAUGAAU